UUGUGUCUCCUGUCGUCGUCGUCCCUCCGACUACCAGGCGUCACACCAGUUUAUAAUAAGGACCCCAAAAAAGUUGACGAGUGAACGAGACCGAACGAGAGAGAGGGGGGAGAGAGAGGGAGAGAAAACGGAGCCCUUCCCACUCUCCGAAAAUCACGGGGAGUGACUGUGACAGGAGGAAGGGGACAGAGAGAGAGAGAGAGGGCUGAAGAAGCCUUCGCAGGACUUCAUCACAUUUCUUUCAGGACUGCACGGACCAGAACGGACCACUAACCAAUCACUAGCCUGGACUGAUAAUCAAUAGCGGCGAUUAGCAGCUGAGCGAGAAGUGUUGUGGGAGACCCUUGGAGGAGCAUGCGGCUCAGUUUGCUAUUCAGGCUCUAUGUGGUGUGGGGAUUUGUGGUGGUCAUGACCUCUGUGACCAAGGCUGCCAAGAGGAAGGUGGCAGGCCGACGGUCCAGACAGGCAUUUGAGGCGGAGCCUGUCGAGGGGGUGUGGUCUGUAUGGGGGGAGUGGUCUGAAUGCUCUCAGACCUGCAGUGUGGGUGUCUCACAGAGGAGCAGGCAGUGUUUACCUCCUCCACCUCCCAACUCCCCUCCCCUCGCCCACUCUCCACCUAACUGGGCAGGUUAUUUGCCAGGGGGCAUCGGAGGUCCCGUCAUCUCACCUGUGCGCCCCUACUACCCUCCUCGUUACCCUGGCCAACAUUCCUCUUAUCACUCCCCUUCCAUCCCCACCAAUCACAACCCAGGAUUGCCGCUGUACAGGAACAACAGCCCGGGAGGAGGAGGAGGAGGAGGAGGAGGAGCUCCUGUACCGGGACAGACUAAUCCAUCCUCUUCUUUUUACCGGCCAGAAUACUCCUUAACCAAUCAAGACCAUGUACCUGUUUACCGACCUCCAUACCACGCUCCUUCACAUGGCUACAACCAGCCAACGCGGAUCAUCAGGAGACCGAACAAUCCAGGAGCAGUGAGGGCCGGAGGAGGCGGGAACAGAAGGUCUGUCUCCCCCAGUCGGGACGGUUUGCCUGCGAGGAGGUCUUCCAACAUCCGUCCGGGUCAGUUUGGGUACGGCCGGGUCCCGUUUUCCCUGCCUCUGCAUCGCCCCAACCGGCAAGCUCGCCACACUGGUAACGGUACCGACACUGCAACACCGGGCACUGUGCUAGCUGCCAGUGAAGAUGAUGCUGAGACUACAAGGAAAGAGGAAGGAGAGGUGGAGAGUGAUGGAGAAGACAGGGAGCCAGCGAGGAGUGAGGAAGAGGAGAGCACUGACACACCUGGUGCUGAAGAGUUGCCUACAACCACCACAACUGGCAGCCCACACCGUCAUGUUGUCAGACCGUCACAAACCAACACAGAGCACGGGAGACCAAGAGUCCCAUCCUCUCACCCCUACUCUCGCUCCUCACCCUUCCUGCCUAACCGCCACCGAUUUGACUGGAGCUCCGUCACCGCGCCACCUCCCCUCUCCCGCCCAAACUCUCCUGCCGCCGCUUCACCCUUUUCCACCUCUCUCCACCGCUCUAGCCCUACACACAUCGACAGGGAGAUCCACCCAGGCUUCAACCCCCAUGUCCCACAGGCAGGCAAUAUCUACCCACUACAGCACCCCCACAUCCCACACCUGGGAGUUGAAUCAGCCAGGGAUGGAGCAAGAGGAACUCCUCAGGUCUACAGAUGCUCUGGGCCAGAUAAGGAGUACCGCAGGUGCUUCUCUCAGGUGUGUGGAGGAGGUGCGCUGGACUCCAGGGCAGAGCAGUGCGCGGCCUUUAACACCCAGGAGUUCAUGGGUCGCCUCUACAACUGGGAACCUUUCACUGAGGUUGGUCCGGACAAGCAGUGCGAGCUGACCUGCAGACCUGCCGGCUAUCGUUUCUACGUUCGUCAGGCCGAGCGUGUCAGAGACGGGACCCCCUGCCUCAACAUCAGCUCAAAUGAUGUGUGCGUCGAAGGACAAUGUCUGACCGAGGGUUGUGAUGGGUUGCUUGGCUCUGGCUCUGUGAUUGACAAGUGUGGAGUGUGUGGUGGGCGGGACACCUCCUGUCAAAAGGUGACGGGAAGCUUCCAAAAUGUCACAGUUCCCCUUGGUUACCACAAGAUCCUGGACAUCCCACCCGGAGCUACUUUUAUUAACAUCACCGAGAGACGAGCCAGUCCUAAUUACUUGGCCAUGAGGAGUGGUACUGGGGCUUCAGUGGUGAACGGGCGGUGGGCUGUGGACCCUCCAGGGGAAUACCAGGCAGGAGGCACUACCUUCACCUACACCCGACCUAGAGCUCAAGCAGAGGGGGAGGAAGAGAGAGGCGAGUCCCUCAGGGCUCCAGGACCAACCACCACACAGCUACAGCUAUAUAUCAUUUUCCAUAAGGAGAACCCAGGCAUCGACUAUGAGUUUUAUGUCCCUGUGGAGAAGAAGGAGGCAGAGAGGGAGAGGCUGGUGGAGAGAGAGAGGGAGACACUCAGAGAGGUGCCCAGAGAGAGACAGAGGGAGCGAGAGCCAGUGAGGGCACCCCUUCGCAGUCCUCUCACCGUAUCAGUAGAAGACCCUCCUCCUGCUCCCCCUCCUGUUUCAGUCCCUUCUUUCCCCUCUUCCUCCUCCUCCUCCUCUUCCUCCUCCUCCUCCUCUGUGUUUUCUCCUCCCUCCUCGGACCGGUGGACACCCGAGAGGUCACGUCCUCGAGGCUCUGCGCCCAACAGGAAUGCUCGGAUCCCCCCUCGUACAGACCUGCCACUGGACACUCAGCCACCAUUUGUGUGGAGGAGAGGGGGGCUCACUGAGUGUUCUGCUUCCUGUGGCAAAGGAUCUCAGUACAGAGUCAUUCUAUGUGCAGACCGCCACACAGAUGAAGAAGUCCCAGAGAGGAAAUGUGACUCCGCAGCCAAACCUGUCCCUGAGGAGGAGCCUUGUAACACACAGCCCUGCCCACCAUUCUGGGAGGCCAGUUUGUGGUCAGAGUGCAGUGUGUCCUGUGGCCCCGGGAUGCAGCAGAGGCAGCUCCAGUGCAGGCAGAGCUUCGGGAACCGCUCCACCAUGGUCCACCCACAGCGUUGUGCCAGCCUCACCCCACCAGAGUCCACACAACCGUGUCAGCUCCGCCUCUGCUCCCACUGGGAGGUCAGCUCUGACUGGAGUCAGUGCUCAGUGGACUGUGGAGUCGGGAGGAGGACAAGGAGUGUCAGCUGUGUCACCAAUCAGGGCAGCAUCGUCAACGACCAGGAGUGCAACUCUCGGGCUCGCCCACAGGGAAGUGAGGAGUGCAACAUGGGGCCCUGCGUAACCAACUGGUACUUCACUAGCUGGUCCAGCACUUGUUCAGCACAGUGUGGCCCCGGGGUGCAGAGGAGGGAGGUGGUGUGUCUGACUCGAGGAGGGGUCAGGGAGGGUGGAGGAGGAGGAGACUGUGUCGGGGAAAAACCGGCAGAGAUGAAGGCCUGCAACGGGGGUCCCUGCGUGCCCACAAGCAUGUGGUACAGCAGCCCCUGGACACAGUGCAAUGUCCCAUGUGGGAAUGGAACUCAGCGACGAGACAUCAUUUGUGUCCAGAAGACAGGAAAUGAUUUUACCAUCGCACCAGCCAGUGAGUGUGCACAUCUGGACAAGCCCGUCGUGGUCCAAGAGUGUGAGAUGGGAGAGUGUCAGCCGCAGUGGUUCACAACAGAGUGGAGCGCGUGCUCGCGCUCUUGUGGGAAAGGAUUACAAAUGAGGGAGGUACGGUGUCUGACACCAGACAAAAAGCACAGCCAUGGGUGCGAUUUGAAUGCCAAACCCGAACAGGAGCAAAUCUGCAACACAAUACCCUGCAGCCCACAAGUCUCAGAUGAAAACUGCCGAGACAGACGUCACAACUGCGUGAUGGUGGUUCAGGCCAGGCUGUGCGUCUACUCCUACUACAAGAGCGCCUGCUGUGCCUCGUGUACCCAGAGUGCCCAGCGUGCCAAGAGGCACUGACAGCACGGAGUCACAAUCACAGACAGCCCAGGUGUGCAAGAAGUCGAGGAUUAGGUCAGAGGGGCUGAUGACAAGCUUGUAGAAAUGACAGCCCAGAGUAGACAGAAUCCCUGCUAUGGACGUCAGAAAACAUUUUCUCCUGAGUCUUCAGGUAAAACACUGUGAAAGCAGCCGGUUCCUUUUUCCAGAUCUCCAUAUACCGUUUUACAUUGUCUUUUCGAACCGCAUGUUCCACUGAGCUUGCAUCGGUUUACAGUGUGGGUCAGCUUUAACAGGUUCGCAGUGUGUCACACGGGGCUGAUUUCAAAUAUGGCUGAGAGAUUGUAAUGGACGGCGCUCACUGAGGACACGGCGGUGUUUCAACAUCAAACCUAGCCUUUUUUUAAGAUUCUCUCUAAUUUACAGAUGUAAUCAGACAUGCAUACCACUAGUUAUCAAAAGAAAUGUGCUGAACAAAUAAUUACCAUGUGUGCUAGAUUGUAUGCUGUAGUACUAUGUGUGCUGAAGAUCUACUGGAAUAGAUCUAAUGUGUUUCUGUACACUGCAUAUGCAGACACCCCCAACCUCAGCUAGAAGGAUUUCAUUAACAUAUCGUAUGUUGUUUUCUCCGUUUGCCAAAAAAAUGGUGUCCUCCUAUUGUGCAGUUCAGUAUUUGAACAGAAGAACCAAAGGUAUGUGGUGAGCAAUAAGUGACCAAAUAUAUCAGAGUGGGAAGACGCGAGAUUCCUCCCAGACAAGAAGGAUGUUAGACAUGGAUGUCUUGUGUGGUAAUUAUCUACUCAUGCCAGUUAUAUAUCCAUGUAGGUCUUUUGAAAGAGAGCUGUCAGUGUUUAAAAUCCACAGCUCGGGUGUGAAGACUCAAGCUGCCUUAAUGUUUUAACUAAACUAAAGACGAAACUGUUAACAAAAUAACAGGACAUGGUUUUAAGAAAGACUGGUGCCAUUUUGUACUUUUCUUGUCGUCAACGAAUCACACGAAAAGACCAAACCAACAAUAUGCUGGUCUGGUGCUCACUGCUUUCUGACUUCCCAAGCAUAUCUCUGACGAACACCAGUAUGCCAUUUCCUUUCAAAAAAAAAAAACAAAAAGCAGAGACAGUGGAGCUCUGUUUCACACAGAAAUAUGAUAGAUGAGGCUUUGGUUGGUUUUGGUCUUUUCAAUCGAUUUUUUGACAAUUAAAAAAAAAUAUAGGGACUUAGUGGCGGCGCCCAGGUAUGGAGGUGUGAAAUGAUUCAUUCCUGGCUGACCUAAUUUAGUGAUCGUGUUACCUUGAAGGUUCUGCAGAGGUCUUCCCUUGUUUUCUCACCUCAUCUAAAUUCUUUUUUAAUUUUAUUUUAUUUGUGAAUAGAUGAAGAAGCCAGUAUUAGGAAACCUCACGAAGACUGAGAAAGCUGCUUUCUUCCAACAGUCUUUUGAUAGUUCAGCUUAUGUUAUGGAUCGAAUGCAAUCAUUCUGCUUUGGCCUGAAAGGAAAUAUUUUGUAAUCUGAGGCGGCGACCUUUGUAUAUGUGUGUAAGUGCUUGUUAUGUUUAUCUCUCUUUCUCUUUCAACCCCCCCCCCACACACACACACACACACUCACACAAUACACCCUGCCCACUCAAAGUCUGUAUAUUUGUCAGUUAUGUUUUUAUGUCUAAAAUUUCUUUGAACGAAGUAGGCGCUUAUGUUUAUAACUGAGUAGUGUUAUCAGAAGUGUUGUUGUAGAACGCAUUUAUUAACAUCUAGCUGUCAUACUUGCAUUUGACAAGAGAAUCAGCGACUUCAUUGUGCUUGUAAGUUUUGGAUGUGUGCGUUCAUGUGUGUCUGUGUGUGUGUGCACGUGUGUUUGUGUGUGUGUGUGUGUGUGUGUGUGUGUGUGAGUGCUUGUGUGUCUUGCAUCUGUGGCUUUGAAUGUGCCAUUCUUGUCUCUAAUCCUACGUAGUAAAAAUUACUUUUUAUAUAAAAGCGAAAAACGGAUAGUAAUUUAUCUAAAGAACAUGUAAUUUAUUUCCUAUUUUAAGAAGCUGUAGCAAUUUUUCUUUGCUGCCACCAGGAUUUAUGAGAUUGUUAUUACUGAUACGCGGACAUUUUUUUUUAUCAAGCAAAAAACAGUGUGGAAAAAUUAUUAUCUCAAAGAUUCAUUUUAAAUAAAACUGAAACAACA